AUGCUUUCCUCAACAACGUCAUUAAAAAUUGGUGGUAGUGGUCCAUCGGAACCAUUGACUCGUCUUGCAUGUAUUCGCCAGUGUCAAGAAACAGUUCAAGAAUUGGUGGAUAAACAACCAGAAAUCUGUGUGUGGUUUCAUCAAUUAACACGUCCCAUAGCACAUCACCCAAAUUAUCAACAACAACAAGCACAAAAUCUAGCUGAAAAGCGUACUCGUUUUGAAACAUUAUUAAACGAUAUAACAAUGCAAUUCAAUUCUUUAAGAUAUUUAUUUGUACGUCUUCGUGAAAUUCAUGAAUAUGUUCUAACACGUGAAUCAACAGCAACAACAACUAGUCCAGAACUAUCACGUUUAUUAAAACAAAAAUCAAUUUAUGAAGAAAUUCUCAAUGAAAAGCAAACUCAAUUAAAAAUUAUUAUUGAUACAGUACGUGAUAUAACUUAUCAGAUAAAUACAAUGAUUGAUUUACGUCAGGAUGGAACAAUUAAUACAUUGAUGAAUAAUGCCAAUACACAAGAAAAAUGA